AAAGUAGUCUUUGAAAUCGACCAAUUAGCCAGCAAGAGUGAUAAAUCGGUUAUUUGUCGUUAUGGUAAUACUACUAUUCUGACCGUUUUAACCCUUAAAAAAUUAACCAAAAGUGUUAAUUCUUUUUUUCCCCUCACUAUCACUUUUGAGGAGAAAUUUUACGCCAUAGGUCGUAUUCCGAAUGUCUUUGGUAAGCGGGAAGGUAAACCGAGUUAUGAUGCGAUUACCGCCGCUCGGUUAAUUGACCGUUCAUUGCGAAGUUUUUUUUCUUUUCCAAGUCAGCAGGAAGUGCAAAUAACUAAUUCCGUCCUUUCGUUUGACCAGGAAUGCGACCCACGGAUAGUUACCGCCGUGAUUGUCGGUAAAGAUGAAAAAGGAUUUAUUUGUAAUCCAAGUGAUGAAAAAUUAGAUAACUCCCCAUUAGAAUUAAUCGUUAGUGCGACGGAGAAAAAAAUUACUAUGAUGGAAGCCGGGGCUCACGAAAUAAGCGAAGCAGAAUUAGAAAAAGCCAUUUCAUUCGCCCACCAAGAAAUUCAAUUAUUAAUUGGUUUUUUUCAACACAUUGCCAACAGUUUAGGAGUUAAAAAAGAAAAAAAAGACUCCAAACUAGAAAAAAAUAUUAAAAAAGAAAAAAAAAUGAAAGAGGUUCGGCAAGAAUUAACCAGGGAAUAUUAUGCUGCAAAUCCCCAGUUGGAAGAAGAAUUUGCGAAAGACUUGGUGCGGUUGGAUGGCCGAGGAGCCGACCAAAUUCGUCCCUUAGAAAUUCAAAUCGACUAUUUGCCAAAUGUUCAUGGUAGUGCGGUUUUUGCCCGGGGGGAAACCAAGGUUCUUUCAAUAAUAACCGUGGGGAAAAUUAGUGAAAAACAAUUAGUUGACAGUAUUUUUAACCGCUUUCAUAAACAUUUUAUUCACCAUUAUAAUUUCCCCUCCUUUGCCGUGAAUGAAAUUGCCAGUUAUCGAAGUGUUUCCCGACGGGAAAUUGGUCAUGGUGAGUUGGUGGAAAAAACCUUUGAUUAUCUAAUUCCCUCGCCUGAAACAUUCCCCUACACGGUUCGAGCGGUCUCGGAAGUUCUUUCCUCAGAUGGUUCCUCUUCUCAGGCUUCGGUUUGUGCCACCUCUUUGUCCCUCAUGGCCACGGGGAUUCCACUAAUUAGACCGGCGGCUGGGAUAGCUCUGGGUUUGUUUGAAGGCCAGAUUUAUAACGAUAUUAAUGGUUUAGAGGACAAAUUAGGAGAAAUGGAUUUUAAAAUUGCCGGCACUGAAAAGGGCAUUUGCUCCAUCCAAUUAGAUGUGAAAAAUCAGGGGAUUAGUCAAGAAUUAAUCAAAAUUAGUUUUGAAAAGGCUCGGCAAGCCCGACUUCAUUUGUUAAAAGAAAUGAAAAGUCAUAUUUAUCACCCCCGCCCUAAUUUACCAACCCAAGUUAUCAAAUGCCGUUGUUUUUACGUGGAAAAAGAAAAAAUAGGAUUAAUUAUUGGACCCCGAGGCAAAACUAUUAAUCAAUUGACCGAGGAAACUGGAUCAACCAUUGAA